AUGGGUGUAUCUGGACUUCUCCCCCUUCUCAAGUCAAUCCAGAAACCGACUGAGCUUAAAAAGUAUCAUGGCCAGACGUUCGGUGUCGACGCGUAUGGCUGGCUCCAUCGUGCCGCCUACUGCUGUGCCCUGGAGCUUGGUCAAGACAAGCCAACUCAGAAGUACCUGAAUGCUGCCAUGACUCGUGUUCGCAUGCUUCGUCAUUUUGGUAUUACACCAUAUAUGGUAUUCGAUGGUGACUUUCUUCCUAGUAAAGCCGCUACCGAAGAUUCCCGAGCAAAGAAAAGAGAUGAGAAGAAGAAGGUGGCAAUGGAACUAUUGCGAGCUGGAAAGCCUGCGCAGGCUACGCAAGAGUUUCAAAAGUGUAUCGACAUCACUCCCGAAAUGGCAUCGGCUCUCAUCCAACUACUCAAGAAGCUCGAUAUUCCUUACGUUGUCGCCCCUUACGAAGCCGAUGCACAGCUUGUGUACCUCGAACGACAGGGUCUUGUCAACGGUAUCAUCUCCGACGACUCGGACCUCCUCGUUUUUGGAGCCAAGAAGCUUCUGACCAAGCUAGACCAGUAUGGCAACUGCUUUGAGAUCAACCGUAAGGACUUUUGCGCCUGUCGGGAAGUCUCAUUAACUGGCUGGUCUGAUACAGAGUUCCGACGAAUGGCUAUUUUCAGUGGAUGCGAUUAUCUUGAUGGACUACCAGGCGUUGGGUUGAAGACGGCAUAUCGUAUGCUUCGCAAAACUAAAGUCCCGGAGCGGAUAGUGCGCAUGGUCCAGUUGCAAGGCAAGCGGGUGUCGGAAAAUUACCUGACACAAUUCUACCAGGCCGAAUUGACAUUCCUGCAUCAGUGGGUGUUUUGUCCUACCAAACGCGAGUUGGUUCACCUAACAGACCUGGACGGAACACGGACUGCGGAUGAGAUGCCCUUUAUCGGUGCAUUUGUAGAGCCUGAGACGGCUCGCACCAUCGCCAGGGGCGAUAUGAACCCUAUCACGAAGAAGAUGAUCAUUAGCGCCACAACAACGACACCCUCAAAGAGAAGGCAUUCGCAACUGGCGAUUGGUGCCGUGGACCAACCCCCACCUACUAUGAAACCCAUCAGUUCUUACUUCAUGGGGCACAGUCGCAUACCCAUGGGCGAGAUGGACCCCAACUGCUUCGAAGUCGACCCCCAGAGGGUUUUGCAAAUCACUGGAGGGGGCUUGGUACCUCGUGUUUUCCCGCUUCCCAGACCAUAUUUGGAUGAAACAACUCGGCCCGCACCAAACAACUCGCGAAGAUCAGAAGCCAACCCUACACGUACAUCCCCAAGACUUCACCGGCGUCGUACCGAGCCCAUCUCCAACCUGCUCAACAGUUUCACUGAGACUGCCACCACCACAAGGCGCACGUCUUCUGUGGCCAUCAAGUCUAACUUCUCCGCUGUCCCAUCAAGUGAUCCUACCAAUCGGCCGCCCAAGAAGGCACGCUUAUGUGAGGAUAAUGAGGCAGGACUCGAUGAAGCUUUGCCGCCACAGAAGAGCAAGUUCUUCCCAGUGUCCAAGCCACGGAGGAGUCCAAGGCGGACGAAGAGCGAUGCUUACCUCCUGUCCGACGAUUCGCUUGAUGAGGCGCUUAUGGCACUGCCCGAUUUUGACGGUUGGAAGCCCUCUGAUAAGACCAAGCAGGGUAUUUCAGUAUUUGUGGAAAAGGACAGCCAAGAGACUUCAACUGUCGAAAGUGAGAGCCAGCUCUCAUUUGUGAAGGACAACGAGACCCCCUUAUCAUCAUUUGACGACUCUAUGCCUCCACCUUCGUCUGCCGUGUCUCUACCACGAACCUCUUCCACCCCUGCUCGGCCAGAUAUUCGCAAGUUUUCUUAUUCCAAGUCGACAGAAACACCUGCUUCGACUACAUCGCAACGCUCUUCCGUGUUUAGUGUAGCUUCCACUCCCUCCACGGCACCGUCGACAGCUGCUUCGCGCAUGACGCCCUUACAACGUCUGGGUGCUCGUGCUAUGAACGCACCAAUGUCACCAAAGCUGCCUAAACCACGCAACAGCCUUGAUAGGCAAUUCCUCUCGGGUGUGCCUGUCAAUCCGGCUUUUGUGCCCUUACCAAAGGUCAAUCUGGACGAGGUUGCAGACCUCAACACAUGUGGGAGUGAAGACCAAAUCAUCCCUGAUAGUGACCAGGAAGAUGAGGACGACGAAAUCGACCUUCCGCCUAAAAAGCUUAACCUUUCACGCUUUGCGUUCGCAUAG